GUGAGGGUCAGGGCGCGGGCAGCUGCGUGCGUCGAGUAGUCAGCAAGCAACCGUCUUCCAUCGUUAUUGCAUGUGCAGUCUAGCUCGACGCCUACCAGCAACCCACUCCUUGCACUACCUAGUUGCGCAGAGCCAUGAAGAGACAACGAAGAGAGAGUGGUCAGGGCAGCAAGAAGUGUGUGAUGCGGCGCGCGCUGGACGGCUGCCAUGGUGAACAAAGGAGUGGCGUGGUAACGGUCGUCGGGGCGGCGGCCGCGUUCAAACCCAUGGCGUCCCACUCUCCUGCCACCACCCACCCCACCACCACCUUCCUCCUACACCUCCGGGCUCUGGCACAAGACGUCUUGAACUCCAGUAAAGCCAUCACUGAACUAAUUGAUUAUGCCUCAAAAAAGUUCUUGACUUCGUUGACACAAAGCGCCUGGGAAGAAGAGUGUGAAUUGAUUGUCACAAUCCUGUACUUGACAAUUGCUGUAUCAAAACAACGGAAUUUGCUGUUUGUGAAAGGGGUCCUCGUAGAGUUUUUUGGAAGGUGGAUUGAAGAUGCAGGGGGACUGGAAUUCCCAGAUAUAUUAAAAAUUGUGAAAUGUGAAUGGAAGUGCACUGCAUUUUCAACAUUACUACUAUUACAUGCCAACCUCUUCCCUGAUGAAUGUGAUCUUGCUACACUGGAAGAGUCUCUUACAUGGAAGAGUGGAUGGUUCAAGAAAAAACCACCUCUGUGGUUACUGAAUUCCACUGCAUGUACAGAUAUAUUGAAGGUUAAUUCCUUGUUGAUGAAAUCGGCGAUGGUACUCGGAGGAAAGGUCAUUGACUUGGAGUCUGAGGACACUUAUAUUGGGUCUACAGAGAAGUUUCUCUAUGCUAAUCAACUCUAUAAGAAGGGUGAAUUUAAGGCAAGCAUUGAGUGUUUGCAUAGUAUUUCAAGUCAAAAUUGUGGAGCUGACCUGCAAGGAUGGAUACUGUGGCUGACAGGUCUUGGACUAAUUAAAUUAGGAAAAUCUCAUACUGCUUUACUAAAACUUCAAGCAGCUGUUGAUAAAUGUCAGAAAUGCAUUCCUGCAAUCUUCAAUAUUGCUCAGAUAUUCUCCGACAUGGGCCUUUGCACUGCUGAGCUUGAAACCCUCUCCCUCCUAAAAUGUAGUCUAGAGGAAAGGGAUGCUUUUGCACCAAUGAAUCUUCAGUCCAGCAUCUUGGAGCUGCACCACACACCACCAUCAGACCUUUCUCUCCGUACCCUGUGCAUAUUAGCCAGCAGGUGUCUGCAGUUGAAGAUGUACUCAGAAGCCAUAGAGAAAUUCACUGCCCUCUUGGAGAAGCUAGAGAAACACCAUGAGGUAAUGGUUACGUGCUCCAAGACAUUAUUGAAAUCAGAGGAUAGUGUGCCUGAAUUACCAGCAUUUGAGUGCAUAUUGGUUUUAGCAGCUGUGGCACACAUAAGCAAUAAUGAAAGUGAAAAUGCUUUAAAGGUUUUAUCCAAGUUCAGAGAGACAGCAGACCUAGGAGGCCCCAUGUUCUACAAAAGCCCCCAUGAAGUUAAAAUAACAUCAAUCACAGCAGCUGCAGCAUAUCUAGUGAGAGCUGAAGCUCUUGAAAAAAUAGGAGAUGUUACAGAUGCUCUCAAAGAAUGUAUCAGCUUAGAACAAGCAAUAUCAUGGGUGAGCGGCAUCACUAGUACUGAGUGGGAUACGACCAUCUUACUAUUGAAGACUCGCCUGUACCUGAGUUUGUCUACUUUACACCUUUCCAAACAAAACCAACAAAGUCAUCGCCUUUACAAACGUCUAACAGCUCAGUGUUCAUACCUUCUAAGUGUUGACAAUUCUCCAUCUUGGUCAUACUUAUCCCUGUCCAAGAAACUGGCAAUGAAUAUUAUUUAUUCUUACAUGAAAGAAAGGGUGGAUUGUAAUUCCUUGUAGUCAUUGUGUAAUAAUAUUAGUUUGUUAAAAAAAAUCAUUGUAAGCAGGUUGUGUUUGAAUUUAACAGCAACCCAUGUAAUGGCAAAAUUUGUAAAAAUAUAUACAGUGAACCCUCACUUUACGCGGUUAAUUCAACCCACAGGGUACCACGGAAAGUGAGAAACGCGUAAAGUGAACAACAUAACAUAUGGGAUCAAUUGAAAUA